AUGGUAACGGAAUCGAUCAGAGAGAAGGAGCUCUUCGCAGCCCACGCACACCGUCUUUCCUGGGCCUCGUCCUCAUAUGACCCUAUCAUCGACGCUAUCGGCGACGCCCAGGUCGUCUUGAUCGGGGACGGUUCGCAUGGGACUUACGAGUUCUACGCCCAUCGUGCCAAUCUAACUAAACGGCUGAUCGGAGAGAAAGGCUUCACAGCUGUCGCUGUUGAGGCCGACUGGCCGGAUGCGCUCAGAAUUAACAGUUACAUUCAUGGCGGAGCGCUCGGCGACAGCAAAAUUAAAAACGCUCGGGACGCGCUGGCGGAGUUUGAGAGGUUCCCCAAAUGGAUGUGGAAGAACGAAACGAUGCCGACGUUCGUCGAAUAUCUGAAACAGCACAACGAGCGGGUGCUGGAGGCGACCCAGGACCCCUCCCGAACAGUGUCGUUCCAUGGCAUGGACCUCUACUCGCUCCAUCGGUCAGCUCAGCAGGUCCUAGCGUAUUUGGACAAGGUUGACCCAGAGGGCGCGACGGCCGCUCGGAAGAGAUACAACUGCUUCGAACGCUUCGGCGAGGAUACAAUGCGGUAUGCGUACGAAACACAGUUCGGCCUAAAAAGGGACUGUCACCGGGAAGUCAUCGACAACCUCGUACACCUACUCCGCAGCCGCCAGAAGAUCCUUGAGCAGCAGUUGGGCAAGAACCCCCAUGGGCACCCGUUCGAAGAGCAGUUCAUCGCUGAAAUGAACGCGCUGGUCGUGAAGGAUGCAGAAGAGUACUAUCGGACCAUGAUGACCGAAGAUGUCAUCAGCUGGAACUUACGCGAUGAUCACUUCGCGCGGGUUGUCGCGGGCAUCUCUCAAUUCUUUGCGUCUUCGGAUGGCGGUCUGGGUCCGGCUAAGAUCGUAGUUUGGGCGCACAACUCCCACGUCGGGGACGCGCGGGCCACCGACAUGGGGCGGCGGCGAGGCGAGAUCAACAUCGGCCAGCGCUGUCGCGAGAUUUUCGGCGACCACAAUGUGUUCAACAUCGGAUUUCUGACCAACAGAGGAACAGUCACCGCUUCCCACAACUGGGAUGAGCCUCCGUAUUUGCAGAGGAUGAACCCGCCUCUUCAGGGAUCCAUCGAGUCGGUCUUUGACCAAUGGCUCGACUCGGACGCCUUCAUCGUCACCCACAAGAUCAUCGCGGACGAGAAGGGCAGGACGAAGAAGGUCCGGGUGUCUGACGACCUUUCCGAGUUCCUGGACCGUCGGCGUUACCAACGAUUUAUCGGAGUCAUUUAUAGACGGCUCACCGAGGCACCAUCGCACUACUGCAAGUGCAGCGUGGCGAAGCAGUUCGAUUGCGUUGUUCACAUUCGGGAGUCGCGUGGCAUUAAACCCCUGGAACAGGAGGACACCUGGAAGGGCCCAAAGGCGGAAGCAGAUUUGACGUUCCCGUUUGCGGAGUAG